UCAAGAUUGUAACUAGAGGUAAAACUAGAAAAAUAAAAGAUCGUGAACGAAAAGCUACCAAACACAAAGACCAUUUAUUUCAGAAAUCUGAAAGUAAUAAAAAUAAGAUCUGUAUGACUAACCUUCGUAAAAAUGAAGAAUAUGUUCAAACAUCUAAUAUAAUGCAAAAAAAUUACCAAAAACAAAAAAGAGUUAAGUCUCGUAUUACUAGUUAUCAUUUGAAUU